CCAACUUUGAAUUCGACAUUUAUGGGUCAUUCAGAACUUGUAACAGGUCUUGAUUUCAGUCCGGAAGGUUCUAGAUUGGCCUCUGUUGGUAUGGACUCGAGUCUAUUCUUGUGGAAAAUUAAGGGAAGCAUGUUUCCUUUGAAAUAUGUACAUCAUGAACUCGGAGGAGUAUAUUGUGUCAAAUUCUCUCCAGUAAUACACGAGGGAAAUCACAUGAUUGCAACAGGAGGAAAUGACAGACAUAUCAGAAUAAUGAAAUUAGGUCUUGAAGGAACUGACACUGCUGUUGAUGCUCAUAGUAGACCACACGAAUCUUAUGUAAUCAAGGGUCACGAGGGAGCUAUUAAUGACAUUUCUUUUGACAAGACUGGAAAUUACCUUCUGAGUUGCUCAUCCGACAACUCAACUCGUCUUUGGUCUUUGGAGUAUUGCCAAUAUGUAAACUCAUAUUUGGGUCAUUCACUUCCUCCUCUAAGUUGUGACAUUUCGUAUGAUGGAAGAGUUUUAGUGACUGCUGGAAGAGACAGAUCAAUUAAACUAUUCGAUGCAAACAGUUCAUCAUGCAUUGUUGAUUUGAGACAGCAUAACGAUUAUAUUAAUAAGGUGAGAUUUUCUCCAGAUGGAACUAGCUUAGCUAGCUGCUCAAAUGACAACUCGAUUCGUUUAUUUGAUUUAAGAUAUUCUGGAAAGCCAUUGCAAAAAUUUGAAGCUCAUAACUAUCCUGUCACUGGCAUUGAUUUCCAUAGAAGUGGAAACUACUUGGUAUCAACUGGUGAGGACAACACAAUCAAAUUGUGGAACCUUAUGCAUGCACAAUUAAUGUAUACUAUUAGUGGUCAUUCAAACUCAACUCAAUGUGCUAGAUUUUCCAGUGAUGGCCAUUACUUUGCUACUGGUGGGGCUGAUGCCAAUGUUUUAUUGUGG